AUGCUGGAUCCACGUUCCCUAGUUGCACAGGCCGAGAAGCUCGCCAAGCCCCAGAGCGGGCUCAUGCUGUUUUUCUCUGGCGGAAACUCCUACCGUUUAGAAGAGGCCACUGACCUCCGUGUCCAGGCAGCCAACUCAUACAGAUUGAACAAGGACUUUAGCAGUGCUGGGCUGCAAUUUGUCAAGGCUGCUGAGCUCCAGAAGCAGCUCGACAACCAGAGUGACGUGGCCAACCACUUGGUGGAGGCCUACAAGUGCUUCAAGCUGGUUUCUCCCACCGACGCCAUAGACGCCUUGAAACAGGCCAUCCACAUUUUCUUGACCCAGAACGGCCAGUUCAGAAGGGCGGCCAACUUCCAGAUGGACUUGGCCGAGUUGUACGAGCAGAUUGAUGACGUGGCCAACGCCUCGGAGAGCUACGAAAAGGCCGGCGACUACUUCUCCACAGACCAUGCUCCUUCUCUCUCCAACAAGGCCUACCUCAAAUGUGCUGACCUCAACGCCCUGCUGGGCAACUACUUGAAGGCCCGUGAGCACUACGACACCGUCAUCAAGAACUCGUUGGGCAACCAGUUGACCAAGUGGAACUUGAAGGACUACUUCUUGAAGAACAUCUUGUGCACCUUGUGUGCCGACGACAUUGUGGAGGCCCAGAAGAGAUCCGAGGGCUACGCCGAAGAAGAGCCCAGCUGGCCUUCGACGCGAGAGUACAACCUUGUCCAGGACAUCUUUGGCGCCAUUGAAAACGGCGACAUCCAGGCCUUCUCCGACAAGGUGUACGAGUACGACCAGUUCUCCAAGUUGGACAAGUUGAAGACGCAGUUGUUGUUGAAGAUCAAGAACUCCGUGGUCGACCAGGACGACGAGGACUUGACUUAG